AGAACAAGGACAGAAAAAUAUUCUCUUAGAGGGGGAGGGGAAUCCUCCUCAAGAAGUGACGGAUAUCGAAAUGACGACCGAGGAGGAAAACACAGAUGGUGACGAACGACAAGAGGAAAAUGAAAAGGAGGAGGAAGAAGAGGAGGAAGAAGAGAAGGAGGAGGAGAACGAGGAGGAAGACGUGGAGGAAGAGGGGAGCAAGGAGGAUGACGAUGAUGAUGAUGGGGAGCAGGAAGAAGAGGAGGAAGAGGAGGAGGAAGAAGAAGAAGGUGGGGCGGAGGAGGAAGAAGAAGAAGGUGGGGCGGAGGAGGAAGCGAGCGAAAAGGGCGUUGAUGAAGGAAGUGAGGAGGAAGUGAGUGAAGGAAAGGAUGUAGGAAAUGUGGAAGGUACUGAGGAGGAGGAAGAGAAGGAGAAAGGAGAUAAUGAGGACGAAGAGGAGCAGAAGGGAGGAGAUAAGGAAGAGUCGAGGAAGGAAACAGCGAUACAAUCAAAGGGAAAGAGGUUGAGUUAGUGUCCCGCUCAUCUCCUAAGGCAAGAAGUACCUACAUAACAGAAGAAGAUCUUCAGCAACAGGCUGUAUUAGACCUGAAGGCCCUUAAGGAUGACGCCCGGAGGCCUGUAACGGGGAGCGAUCCGGCAGAGAAGGGUCCCCACGCGCAGACGGUAAGGCCAAACUAAUAAGAUUCGAAGACUAGAUACCCAAGGGAGUUUUCCAGAGGGAGUCAGAUCAACCACCACCAGAAAAAUUCUCAGUUUACAACAACAAUUCCUUUUCCCCGGCCGAGGAAGAGCAGGCAGAGUAUGAUAAAGAUAAAUUCCCCCCCCCAAA